CACGUCUAAAUGACCUACCUCUAGAACUGCACGAACUGACACUGGAAGAUGGACAACUAGAGACGGGUGGUAUCAAUAAUGACACAUUCAGGUCUUUAACAGAACUACAAAGACUAACAAUCCAGCGCUAUGGUAUCCAGUUUAUAGAACCAGGGGCAUUUAUGUAUCAAACCCAAACGUUCCAUUUAGAGAUAAGUGGGAAUGCACUAGUGGAACUGAAAGCCAGUAAUUUUAUUGGACUUGGAUCACUUACUGACUUAUACCUCACUGGAAACGGAAUAAAAUGGAUAGAAUCCGGAAGCUUCCUAGAAUUAAACAAACUUGAGUAUCUCUACUUAUCAAGAAAUGAUCUGACCAAUAUCUAUGAAGGGAUGUUCGAAGGGCUGACAUCAUUAAAAUCUCUGUAUCUUUUAAAAAAUUCCAUCCAGCAUAUUGGUCCAUAUGCAUUUAGCAAUCUCCAAGCUAUAUCCCGCAUAGACCUCCCUGAUAACAAUCUCCUUGCAGUAGCCAACAAUGUAUUCAGUGACCUACCCUUGUUACGCUCCCUAGAUCUGAAACGCAACAAAAUCUAUGGAAUCGAAAAUCAAGCUUUUAAUGCUACGUCACUUCAGAAAUUAUUUCUUCAAGAUAACAAUUUACACACACUAUCUGCUGAAGCCAUUCAAAGUGCUGCGGGAACACUGAAUCAAGUGAUGGCCUCGGGUAACAAUAUAAAGGUCAUCUUCAAGGGGACAUUUAGUAAUCUGACCAUGACCCGUGUUGACCUUUCAUAUAACAACAUGGAGCUGAUAUAUCCAGGAGCAUUCAGUAAUGCACAUAUAGAGCUAUUAAUUCUAGAUACAAACAAACUGCCCAUGCUGCCCAGUGAUAUGAAUGAGUUCAUGGCCCGUACUGCCAGUACAAUUAUAACAAACAACCCCUGGCAUUGUGACUGCUCAACCAAAUGGCUUGGACAAUUUGUAAUAGAUGCAGGAUUGAACUACCAACGUUAUAAGUAUAGAGAAUACUUACCUGAUCCAUCAUGUAGUACGCCAUCUUUAUUUCGUAACAUGCCUCUACAUAAUGCAACAAGACAUUUGGAUAAAGCUUGUAAUGGAUCAGUAACACCAUCUUUCAAUAGCACUUUGAGUUAUACUACCUAUUUGCCAUAUUCCUCUUCAAUAGCAUUACAAUCUACAACCAUACAUCAGACUAUAUCAUCACAUACAACAACUCCACCUGGUGAGCAAAACCAGAACCCACAAGCAGACGGCAUGAUGUGGAUAAUCCCAACAGUGGUUGCAAUUGUGAUCUUAAUAUCAUCAAUUAUUGUGAUAAUCCUGUUGAGAAAGCAUUAUAUCAACAAAAUAAAGGUUGCCCCAGGAUCUGGACAACGGGACCAAGUGAAAUAUGUUAAGAAGACAAGUAUAACUCCCGUGGAAGAGGCACUUCAAGAUGAUAGGAUGAGCAUAGACAGUAUGAAUGCCUUGAUUAAUGCUGACAGGGCCAGGUCUGCACGAAGGAAAAUGGAUAAGAUUUUCUCAGUUCAUCAAUGAUAUUAAUGAGCUAGAUGUAAGGUCUAUAACUACUGACAGUGAAAGGUGGCCCUUUUAUAUCAAUACAUGUAUGUGUCUAAAGC